GGAAAUUAUUUUAAUCAGACACCAGCGGAGUGGGAGAAAGAAGAAGAGCAGAGAAGAGCAAGCAGCCUCCCUUGGUCGUGGAUGUAGCAGAAGACGGCUGCAGCGAUGGACUGGCACUCCCUCAGGAGAGCUGCCGUGAUGCUCACAUUCCUGGUGGUGCUUGAAGUUAACAGUGAAUUUCAAAUCCAGGUAAGAGAUCAUAAUGCCAAAAAUGGUACCAUCAAGUGGCAUUCCAUCAGAAGGCAGAAACGAGAAUGGAUCAAGUUCGCUGCAGCCUGUCGGGAAGGUGAAGACAACUCAAAGAGAAACCCAAUUGCCAAAAUUCACUCAGAUUGUGCUGCAAACCAACCAGUGACAUACCACAUCUCUGGAGUAGGAAUUGACCAGCCACCUUAUGGAAUCUUUAUUAUUAAUCAAAAAACUGGUGAAAUCAAUAUAACAUCCAUUGUUGAUCGUGAAGUUACCCCCGUUUUCAUUAUCUACUGUCGAGCACUGAACGCUCAAGGUCAAGAUUUGGAGAAUCCACUGGCGCUUAGAGUCAGAGUGUUGGAUAUAAACGACAACCCUCCCGUGUUUUCGAUGACUACGUUUGUAGGACAAAUAGAAGAAAAUUCUAAUGCAAACACACUGGUAAUGAAACUCAAUGCUACCGACGCUGAUGAGCCAAAUAACUUGAACUCCAUGAUAGCCUUCAAGAUCAUACGGCAGGAGCCUUCUGAAUCACCGAUGUUCAUCAUCAACAGAAAAACUGGAGAAAUCAGAACAAUGAAUAAUUUUCUAGACAGAGAGCAAUAUAGCCAGUAUUCCCUUGUGGUGAGAGGCUCAGACCGUGAUGGUGGGGCAGAUGGCAUGUCUGCAGAAUGCGAGUGCAGCAUCAGCAUCCUGGAUGUCAAUGACAACAUCCCAUACUUGGAGCAGUCAUCUUAUGACAUCAAAAUUGAAGAAAAUGCACUGCACUCUCAGCUAAUGCAGAUGAGAGUCAUUGAUUUGGAUGAAGAAUUCUCAGACAACUGGAAGGCAAUCAUUUUUUUUAUCUCUGGAAAUGAGGGAAAUUGGUUUGAAAUAGAAAUGAAUGAAAGAACAAAUGUAGGAACUCUGAAGGUUGUCAAGCCCCUGGAUUAUGAAGCCAUGAAAAAUGUACAGCUUAGUAUUGGUGUUAGAAACGUAGCUGAUUUCCACCAGUCAGUUCUUUCUCAAUAUAGACUCACAGAAACUAUGAUCACUGUGACGGUGUUAAACGUGGUCGAGGGCUCCGUGUUCCGGCCAGGUUCAAAGACGUUUGAAAUAACCGGUAACAUGGACGCAAAUCACAAAGUGGGAAAGUUUGCAGCUACAGACCUGGACACGGGUCUAGAGUCCACAAAUGUUAGAUAUGUAAUGGGAAAUAACCCAGAGAACCUGCUGGCUGUUGACUCAAGAACAGGCAUACUAACUUUAAGAAACAGAGUUACUGUGGAACAAUUCCAAAGGCUUAAUGAGAGAUAUGAAGGAACAGUGCUAUCAAUAGAUGAUUCCCUUCAGCGGACCUGCACUGGGACAAUCAUUGUUCAACUUAGAGGCUCUGUCUGGGAUCCAAAUGAACCUGAAAAUGGCCAAGUGACAACAGCUUCCACUGAGAAUCCACAACGCACCACCGGAGGAGUUUACGAAGGCGGCGGCACCACCAUCGGCAAAGGCGGCGUUAGCGAUGGCACUUACCAACUUCCUGAUGAGACCCUUGACACCCCACUAUAUGGAGACAAUGUUCACUUCGGUCCUGCAGGCAUCGGGCUGCUCAUCAUGGGCUUCCUAGUCUUAGGAUUGGUUCCAUUCUUGCUGAUCUGCUGUGAUUGUGGAGGAGCCCCUGGUGGUGGAGCUGGAUUUGAACCUGUUCCAGAAUGUUCUGAUGGAGCAAUGCACACGUGGGCCGUAGAAGGGCCACAGCCUGAACCCCAUGAUGGUAUAGCCACCAUCUGUGUGCCACAAAUGCCACCUGGUAAUGCCAAUAUUAUAGAAUGUAUUGACAACUCAGGAGUUUAUACAAAUGAAUAUUGUGGCAGAGAAAUGCAAGAUCUGGGAGGAGGAGAAAGAACUACAGGAUUUGAACUAAUGGACGGAGUCAAAACGUCAGCCGCACCUGAGAUAUGCCAAGAAUAUUCAGGAACGUUAAGAAGAAAUUCAAUGAGAGAAUGUAGACAUGGGGGUCUCAAUAUGAAUUUCAUGGAAAGUUACUUCUGCCAGAAAGCCUAUGCUUAUGCGGAUGAAGAUGAAGGACGUCCAUCCAAUGACUGCUUGCUCAUCUAUGACAGCGAAGGUGUAGGUUCCCCCGCAGGCUCCGUGGGAUGUUGCAGCUUCAUUGGAGAAGAUCUAGAUGAAAGCUUCCUGGACACCUUGGGGCCUAAGUUUAAGAAGUUGGCAGAUAUCAGCUUGGGAAAAGAAAUAGAUUCAUAUCCAGAUCCUGAUCCUUCUUGGCCUCCUCAGAGCACUGAACCAACAUGCCCUCAGCGUACAGAGCCCAUUGUUAGUGGACACCCACCCAUCUCCCCACAUUUUGGCACUACCACAGUAAUUUCUGAGAACACCUAUCCCUCUGGCCCUGGAGUACAGCAUCCUAUGCCAAUUUCUGAUCCUCUGGGCUAUGGUAAUGUCACUGUGAGGGAGUCCUAUACCACCUCUGGCACUCUGAAGCCCUCUGUCCACUUUCAUGAUAACCGGCAGGCUUCAAAUGUGGUGGUGACAGAGAGGGUAGUGGGCCCCAUCUCUGGUGCUGAUUUGCAUGGGAUGUUAGAGAUACCCGACUUAAGAGAUGGAUCGAAUGUUAUAGUGACAGAAAGGGUAAUAGCACCAGGCUCAAGUCUACCCACCUCUCUAACCAUUCCUAACCCUCUAGAGACCUCAAAUGUAGUUGUGACAGAAAGAGUGAUCCAACCAACUUCUGGCAUUAUAGGCAACCUGAGCAUGUCCCCUGAGUUAUCAAGUGCCCACAACGUGAUUGUGACCGAGAGAGUAGUUUCUGGUGCCGGCGUGGGUCUGAGUGGAGCUGGAGUAGGUGAUGGUGGCACUGGGCUGAGCAUGGGAGGGGCAGCCACUAUUGGCCACAUGAGGGGUUCCUCUGACCAUCACUUUAGCCAGACAGUUGGAUCUGCCUCCCCUAGCAUGGCUCGAAGUCGAAUCACAAAGUACAGUACAGUACAGUAUACCAAGUAGGCAUGGUCCCAAAGUAACUGUUCACUACCAUCUCUGCGAUUUACACCCAACUCCUGCCCCACCCCCAGUCUAACAGUGCAAUUUAUGAUGAGGAGCAGGCUCUAGGAGACCUGUGGAGUAAGAAGAGCCACAGUGACAGUAACACAUGGAAACAGCACCGUGGGGAAGAGUACUCCCUAGCACUGGUAAACUUCUUUCUUAUAUUAACACUAAAUGAGAUAGUGAACUUGAGGCACAAUCUUACUUGUGCCUCUGUGGUCUACAGGGUUGUUUUUGGUUUUUGGUUUUUAAUGUGUGCCCUGUAGGGUGUCACCAGCAUGUUGAAUAAAUAAAAUGUGGCUACAUAAAAGCACGGGCUCUAAAUGGCCAUCGGAAGAGUUCUUCUCACUGUUCAGAAAUUAACCAAAAAGGUUUCAAUGUGUAGCUUGAGCUCACAUAGGUGAGGAAAAUCUGACAUUUCCUUCACAUAUGUCUUGUCUGUUUCACAGGUAAUACAAAUUAAAAGCCCUUCCACAGAUUCAGGCUAAGGUUAAUAAAAUUCUAAUUACAUAGUUAUGUACAUAAGAUACCAGUUACUCUUACCAUGGGCACACCUAAACUUCAUUGGGUGGCAUCAUUUGCAAAUUAAGAAAUCUGUUCUAGGAGGAAAGCCCAUAGACAGUAACAAUAUAGGGAGACUUGUUUAGUACAAACUGAGCCUGAGUCUCAACAUGUGGUUUUAGUUAAGUCUCCCGUGGAGUCAGGGACUUUCCUGGCUCCCCUUGUGUUUCAUAGGUGUGACUUUGAAGAAUAUUACUUACUGGGUGGAUGAAGGGCGCCGUGCUCAUUUUUGCCUUUCCACUGUAGUUGAAGGAAAAGUUGCAAAAGACACAUGGCAUGACUGCCCUCACAAGUGUUAACUCUCCUCCCUACGGACAGGACAGUAUUAUAUCUUCAGUCUAAGCAGUAAGUCAUACUCCUUCCUGUGCAGCUCUUUAGUGUAGAAGUUCAUAGUUAAGAAAAUGUACCUAAGCUGAGCUGUUGGGAAGAAGCUCGCAGUUUGGCUAAGCUUCGGGUUAGUUUUUCAAGGGGAUCUGAGGGAGAGGAACUGUUUUUACAACGUGAAAACUGUCUUAAGUGGGAAAUGUUAGAAAAUAAUUGUUCAGUAAAGGAAAACCAUAUGAUUACAUAUAGCUGAGAUUAGUGUCGUUCUUUGAAUGACCCUCUGCUGCCAUUUGGAAGUGAGUAACCAGGACCCUUUACUAGAAUUGAUGUUACUUUAGAAAGAAUGAUGUAGUUACUAGACAAGCCCAUUCCUUAUCUAAAAUGUGUCAUGCACACAACUUUGAAGUUUCUCGUUUGAUUUGUUAGUGAUCUCUUGGCUUCUAAGCAUUCUGACUUAAAGACAGUUUACAAGUUAUAGUAUGAUAUAUUUUUCUAGCUUUGAAAUUUGGUAAUGUGCUAUUUAUGAUGUGUUGUUUCUGUGUGUUUGCCAAUUGGUGUCUCCUGGUUUAAAACCUCUCAGAAGAACCAAAGCUUUCUAAGAGACAGGUACAUUUACUAUUGCAGGGUAGAGGAAUCUUUUCUUGCUUUUAAACUCAUGUUAAAAUAAGCUCACUAAAGUAAAAUGCUAUGUAUAUGGCAAAAUAAGAGUGGGGAAAAUACUGGCCCUGAGUUGUGAAUUAUCUACAACUUUUAAAGAUGUGUUCAUCCCCUGACCAUUCAUUUCCCAGGGUGUCACAGCAUCACAGCAUCAUUGUCCAACUUCCAGCAUUUAUAAAAGACCUAGGAGUGACUACUCCAGCAAGAGCUGCUUUGUUCUAUAUAAGAGCAGAUAUGGUGAAAAGUAAAGGCCCCAAUAUGUCUAAUUUUAGCUGUAUAGAACAUGUAAAUUUUUCUAACAUGUAGCAAGCCAAAAUGCAGAGGCAUAAAUAAAGUCACUCAAAGGAGUCUUUAUUUUAUUGUGUUCUAAAAUGUAGGGUAAUGCACUGAGGAUACCGUUUGGUUGGGGGGGUGUUUUGUUUUGUUUUGUUUGUUUUUAGAGAUAAACUCAAAAGACAUUUGUUGAAAUAUACUUGAAGAUACCUAGGUUUGGAAGUUUGAACAGAUAGAAAUAAUUAAUAUAGUUUUCCUUCCUUCCUUUGUUCAUUUAUUCAUCCAAAGGAACAUGUACUUGUUGCCUUAAUGAGCUAUAUCUUUGCUGUACGUUUUCCUAGUUGCCUGGUGAAUCCCAAAUAUUUUUCAAUGCCUAACAAGUGGUAAUGUGGCGAUCUUUAAUAAAUGUGAUCAGCAUUCAUCAGUUAUAUAAAACCUGGGAAAAUAAAACUUUAAAUAAUGAA